AUGGAAAUUGAGUGUAGUACUGGCGUGGGCGUUUGUGGGACACGGUAGGUUUCUCAAGCUUUGUCAUCCGCAGCUCGCACUUACGGCACCAGACAGUCAUUCGGCCAGGACAGUGGACUGGGACUGGGAAAGCGAAGAGAGAGUUCGGUCGAAGUCUCAGAGCAAUUUCAACAGUGCAAACAGUCUGACACGCUUGAGGUUGUCACGAUGCUCUAAAAGCCGUGACAAAUAUUGUCGCCAAGUGGCGGGAUAACUCGAACCUCGCAGUCAGCGCAACGUAUGUUUUAGUGGCGUGGAGGACUAACGGCCUGAAUUUCAGACUUCAAUGGCCUCAGUAGCCCAGUUACCUCAAUAGCAUCCCGAUUCAGAAGGAUACAAGUCGCAUCCUGAGUUUUUUUUGUUGCACAAACCAUUACCAAGUGUUCCUUGUGGCGAACACAAUUUUAUUCAUGUGCAAUGGUAGAUGCGAAUACCUUAAAACGGAAGUGUCUGAUUGUAAUUUAAGAGUUAUAUAUUCGCUAGGCUGCAAUGUUCUGCUGGAACUUUUCUGAAUACUGAGUCAUAAGAUGAAGUUAUUCCUUUGUCUAUUAUACUAUCUACGAAAAAGGCGUACUUUGCUAUUAAAUGCUAUUAACUGAAGCCUACAGAAAAUAAAACGAGUCGUGGUGACCUGAAACCACUCUUGGCAUUUAUCGCUGUUCUGGCUACGGCGUCGCAUUUUAGAAUAUCCGUCAACAUAUGGACCGUAUUGUUUGAAAGAAAUCUGUCUUAAGUCAUAAUAGUAAAGUGUAAGCUAUUUUUGGACGUGUAGAAUCAGUUGGCAAUCAUGACGUUACCGUCUUGACUACAACUUCAACGACCUUUGCUGAUUCGUUUUUGUCUGCCUACUUUAAAUUCUGUGUGCGUUGGCAUUUUUCUUGGCUCUUCAAGCUCUUGCUGCACCCGAGUACUUUUCUCCGCUGAAAUUUCGUUUCGACGGUAAAUGGGGGAAAGUUUUUAAAAUUUUUGCUUUAUAUGCCAAUCUGUCAACUGCGUAUCUGGCACGCUGAUACGUUUUUUGUUAAACGCGCCGUAACGAUCCGGAUCGUUACGGCCAGACGGCUAUGUGCACGUCCGCAGUGGUUUUGUCGUUACUGUCACGGUUGCAAAAUGUGUACUGAUAGGCAGCCACUAAUUGUACGUCGGUGUUUUCUUCCGUGUUGUCUGCACCGACUCAACAAGUCGGUCGUUCGCCAAAAGUCAAGAUUGUGAAUCAGUAAGCGCGUUGUUGUGAUGUCGUCUACGCGGUAGACGUUGAUUGCCAUCAAAAUGCCCUCCCAUCUACGGCGCCUUUGGACUUAUACUUAAACUAAUAGGGGGAACACAGUUCUUACUUUUCCGUUAAAACUGGCAAGGGUGAUUAAUGCCAAGAUGAAUACAGUAGUAGGCGCGUUCGAGCUUCUUCCCUUUCAACGGGUUGUAACUAUUUGAACCAACGAUAUUUGAUUGCAGAACUGAAUACGUGUUGUCUCUUGCUAGGAUACUGAUAGAUACUGUCCAUACCAUGAAUCAUCUUUUGUCUCGACGAUACCAGCCCGGAGACGAGUACACUGAGUUACAACCUACAGUGACCAAUCCCAUAAAAUAUUAACCGAAAUUCUGAAGUGGGUUUUCGACUAGGAGGGACUGUAAGAUUGAUUACCUCACGACGCAAUCUCAUGACAUUUCAGACAUGUCGGGGUGUUGGUUUUUAAAUGCAGUUCUUUCGGUCGUCUGCACAAACUGCACUUUGAAAAAGGUGGCUACUCGAGUAGUAUGCAUUUUCCCUAUAGAUUUUCGAUGCCCUUGUAAAUUUGGAUAUAUUUUACGCAAAACCUCCACAAAAUAUUAUUUUUUUUGUAAUAAUUUGGUAGGAAAUCAUAUCUUUUUCAAAUUGUAUACUCCAAAGGGGAUAUCUUUUGGAGUUAGGAAAGUCUUUCACUUCUCGAGCAAUUUUGAACCCGGUCUGUCGUUGUAUUUUCGCUUAGCGUCGUCAGUCUUCAAACUGUAUAUUUUCCGUGUAGGGAAAUGCAUUCAUUCCUUUAUACCAUUAAGAAAACACCGUAUGGACCUAGUAUAAUGUUACAACGGAUGUGUACUAUAUUGUAUACUUAAUGAAGAUCAUUACUAGGCAGACAGAUAGGGUGCAGUUCGAAUGGACUUUGCGUUGUCUUGAAAAAAUUCAUAAUUAUAAACUUGUAAAACUCAAAAAUACCCGUUCUUCCAGUAGAACGUUUGCGGAAGAUGUGAUUUGCUGCCAAAUGAGUGCAAGAAAGACUAUGUUUGUGCAUGUUUUCUGCAAAACAUUUUGAAUUUAUAAGGACAUCCGAAGUCGACGGAGAGAAUGUAUGCUAUCUAAAUAGUCACUUUCCACCGAGUGCGGUUUUAUAGCGGACCAAAAGGAAUUGCAUUCAACAACAAACACCCUGGCAUAUCUGAAAUAUCAUGGGAUUAUGCCACAAGCUAAUCAGUAUUAUUACAACCCCACUUAAAUAAUCCUUCCUAGUCGAAAACGCAUUUUAGAAUUUCGGCCAACAUUUCAGGAGAAUGGUCACUGACUGUUAUUAUAUUUAUGAUUUACCCUUGUACCUUCACGGCGGAUAAAGCUUCAGUCGAAACUUCCUUGACUUACCGUAAAGCAUUCAGGGGCACUAUUUCCUCCUGUAACCCUAAGAUAGUUACAGUCGGUUUGAAUGUAUACUAGAGACAAUUCGACCCAGAGACCUUCCAUGCUCUUGAUCGAGUUGCCGUAGCUAAUGCCGGGGUUUCGCUGAAGCCACAGACCCUACACUUUAGAGGGAAAUUCAUUGACCACUCAUUUGAAUGGUGAUAAUAUCACCGAAUAGGUAGGCGGUCUUACAGACAAACACUGGGAAAGCGUCGUCAUUGAAUGUCGCCCAGUUCGUGGGUUUCGUGUUAACAGCAAACGUAGACCAAACUGCAGGCUUGUGAAGGCCCGACUGCUCUUGCAUCCUCAAAUCCAAGGAUCACACUUCAAAAAGCACGCCCUUUACUGGUCUUUUUGGGAAAUAAUCUCCUUCACCCGUUUAGAAGACUGUUCAACAGGCUUGUUUUGGGCAAAUUCUCGUCAGGCCUUUUCCCGUGGACACCUGAGCUUAUUUACAAAUUUCAUCCCUAUGGUAUUUGCUUUUUAACUGGGCCAAAAAUAGUGUCGUAAUCGGAAUGACCAGAGUCACGCGAUUGAGUUAGCACAAGUAAAAUAGAACGGAAUACUUAGAAUGGAUAAUGUCAUGAGUCAACACUCUCGAAGAGGAUCCUCCGAAAACAUUGCUUCCGUGAUGCUGUUUUAGGGUUGGAAUUAUCAUCUGUCAUAGCGGCAAAAAGUCCCUGCUGCUGAACGUUUAUUCAAGAAAAUUUAAUCACAUACAGGAUUCCCAAAAAUCCUAUGCGCACGCUCCAACUUCGUCUGUUUAAAGACCGAGAAAUUCACCACGAUGGGAUAGCCUCAUAAAUCAUGUAUUUACCCUCCAUUGACAGAAGUCUCCUUCGGAAAACCAUGGAAGCUACCGGCAUACCCUUGAAAUUCGUGUUUGAUCAAGUCGCGUAUCCGGAUCACUGUCAAGGUCCAGAUAUCCGAUGAGAAGAACUGCCAAUUUACCGCCAGCCCUGUACCCGUUUACUACCUUUAUUUAACUGCGCGGAAGGCUACUCUACUCACAAUGGUCUCCGCUACGAAGAGUCUCCGUCGCAGAGUCUUGCGUCGACGCUUUCCUGCAACAAGGAAAUGCGCUGUCUUCACCGUAUGAGCAGCUGAUCCAGAAACUUGGUCUAGAGUUAAACCUUGCGAAAACGAGUCUUGUUUAACAGUUUCAUACUAAUAACAUAAUACCCCUUUAUUCACCUAACCAGACAUCUGAGGGCAAUCGGCCGGUUCGCCUUCCUCCGUUCUUUUCCAGUGAUGGCAGCGUAAUUUCGCGAUAACUUACACGUUUCUUGCUUUGUCAUUUCCGGAAUUGUCACGAAAUCCCUCCGAAAACGAAGACUCAGACAGAUGCGGCUAGCCACAUCCAUCUCGCUGCAGACUGCUCGAGUCUGGUUGUUUGACAACUGUCGCCCCAUAGUACUGCCGCAUUCUUGACAAAUCUGCUUGCAUAAAAAACCCACAAGAACAUGAGCACUGCGCCUGUCUCAUCAGCUCUGACCUGAUGCAUUUUCGAUUGAUAGAUAAUCCCCCCAAUAGUUGGAACGCCGCAGAUCCCCCAGAACUUGCCCGAGAACCCCUCCGAGAUUAUUUGACACAGUAGGGUUUUACCAAAGAUACUCUUGAACCAGCUCCAUAAGUAUUUAUAUUUGACCAUAGUGAUUUCUGUCAGAGGAAAUCACUUACUCUUGUGUACAUUCUUUAAGUCUGUUUUGUCGUAUUUUCAGAGAUUAGUUUUUUUGUCAUAGCCAGAUAUUGUCUGCUGAUGUCACAGCAAAACACGCGAAAAUGGAGAACACCCUAUGCAAUUUUCUGCUUGCAAUCGAUUGCUCAUAACCUAGAUGAGUUUCACAUUAAUGCAGGCAUUAACUGACGGGCACUCUUGCGAUAUCAUAUCUACCACUUCAGUUGGCCCUGUGUAUUUUUAUGAACAGACGACAGAUUACUUUGACCAACCAGUCAUCCCAUUGGGGAUGCAAAAAACAACAAUAUAAUUACUUACACAACGUAAUAAUAUGUGUCUGCAUGCCUCUUUAGGCAGCUGUAGAAUUCAAUUAAAAAGACAUUCUAAGGCCUGCUGGCUCCACAAAUCGUCGUUCGCAUGGACAUUACCAAAUAUUUUGCAGGUCCCUCCUAUCGGCGAAAUCAUUCCCCCAUGAAAACCUUGUUUCAAGACCAGUGUGCUAACGGUUACAACCAAGAAUCCAGGACAUUCGAAAUGUCAACGAGGAAACUGAACUUCUAAAGGGCCGUUGCAAUUUGGUUCUCAGAUUAUUCUAGUUUGGGGAUCCAGCUGUUUUACUGCUUGUAUUUAACAACUUUUAAAUCAACCGUGAAGGAAAUAUUUACGCCGAUAUUACACGGGGUGCAUGCAAGCAUGGACGAAGGUGAGGUCGUUCCGCGACACGUUCGAUAAUUUUGUUCUUCCACUUACCAGUGACUACAAACGCUAAACGAGUUUCAGCCCUACAUUGUAUCUACUCGUAAUUUGCCAUACAUCUGACGGCGAGGUGUCUUCCUGGAAGGGACCUGUUUUAUGUCUGCCCAUUUAUCUAGUCAACUUGUUCUAUUUGGCUACUGCUUUCCACUUCUUCGUUCAGGCCGUCGUUAACGACGCUUAGGGAUCUGUCUUCUUGCCCUCUGACGUACUACCCUUUCUAACUACACAGAGGACGUCAUAUUGUUUGGAUGCGACUGCCCAAGGUCGCAGUCACUAACUGGUCAAAUUUAUGUGCAUUUAUGCCGCAAUUGGUCUGUAAUUGACUCCGGGAAGACCAAGUUGUCCCUGCGCAGCUUAUUACUGUGCCUAGAACUGAGCAUCACCAAAGCCAUCCCCGUCAUCGUUACCAUUGACUGGGUAGUAAGUAGAAUCAUUCGAGCUGAAUGUUUGACUAUGCAACAAUGUUCACCUCAUUUUUUUCUUGUGAUGCUUCCUAGACUCCAGUUGCCAAGACGGUUAGACUGUGUACUACUCAACUGACGUCGGAUUUCUCUACCGUACUACACUGCCGAUACCCAAGUUGUCAAAAAUUGGCACAGAGCGCCAAGUGUUUUCUUAUCCCAACGUCCACAUUGAUACCUCAGAAGCGUGCCACUAGGAUUAUGGGCGUCUCAUUGCAGAAUCCUUCCAUUUUCACUGUUUUUGUCAGACUUGACUCCCAUUUAGUCCCUAGGCACUAUAUUCGUUUUCAACAGAGUCGGCUAGGGCUUGUCUAGCUUCGUAGUAGCCAUGAUGUUGUAAGUCGGCUAACUUAUCCAAAUAGACUCGUCGAUUAGGAGAAGGGUGAAUUCGAGAGACGGCGCCACUUUUUUCAAUUCCUAAUAAUUUCAACAAUGAAUUCAGCGUUCACACAAACUUGAAGUGAUAACCCUUUUUUAUUCCCAUUUUAAGACCGCCUAAACUGAAAUGUCGGGCGAAAAUUCUCCACAGUUUGUAACUUCUGACGAUGAAACUGAGUCACAUAAGCGGAAACUGGAGACUGCGCCAAUCAAUCAGCGCUCUGAAUCUAAACAAAUAACCUCAGAAGAAGCCGUUCAAGAUGAAUCCAAAAAGACUAGGCACACCGUCAAGAGACCUCGUUUACCUCGUAAGUUUAGCUCCUUUCCAAAUGCCUUUCCCACAUGAAGCUGGCUUUAGUCUCGUUUCCUAUGAGGAUGAUAGGAACGAUGACGAUGAGGAGGAGACUGAUAACGAGGACGAAGGACGAGACAGCGAAAAUACAGGUACCGACCACUCUACCAGUAGGUUCUGUCACUUCUUGACUGAUAACUUUUUUUAGAACAAAGUAACCAUUCUCACGGACAUACGACAUCCAGCGAUGAAGAGGAAGAAGAUGCUUCCGGCAUUCAGUUUAUCAUUACCGACGGUCCUUUGACUGUUCUCAGUUCUGAGCAUAAGCUCUCGGACUUCCAGGCGCUAAAAGAAGCUCGUGAAGCUGUAAAUUCGCCCGUGUCGAAUGCUGCCGCGCCGAGCACUACUGGCCCGCCAGAUACAGGUACCUCCACCACCUCCGAGGAGGCCGUCCCAGUGACGACACAGCCUGAGAAACCGUCCCAGGUGGAAGUCCAACUACCUCCUGAGCCGCCCGGUUUAUGCGACGAGGUUCUUCAACAAAAAGUUGACUCCAUUAUUCAACGUAUGCGCCUUGACAUAACCUAUGAUCCAAACAUGAAGAUUCAGGAUAACAAACAUUUCCGCAAUCCGAGGUAAUCAUCUUUAUUUCCUUACUGUCAUUGCUCUUCUGGAUUAUAGCAUGUACGAGAAACUCAUCUCCUUCUUAAAAAUAGACGAAAAAGGCACCAACUUUCCGCCCGUAAGUUUACGCCGUGUCCUUUUUCUGAAAUACUUAUUGUUUUAGCGUUUCAAUUUUUUGCUGUUGCGGACUUGCAACGACCCCGCUGAACGUCCAGAUUAGAACUAGCCAGAUCACUAAACUGAUGAACGCUUAAUCUUCAUCAUUAAAGCAUCGUCAGUGACUUUUUCCGACCGUAACUGGCAGUCGCACAUGUGUUUACCAGACAGAGUAGUAGUUUCAGCCAGUCUUUGUCUGAAGUUCAUAAUUGUAUGGAUGUUAGGUAUGCAGAUAGUGCGAUCCAGUAUCGCAUCCACUGUUUUCGAAAGUCAACGGUCCUGUCAAUUUCUGUCAAACGACCGCCAUAAGGAUAUAGUCCUCCCUCCGAAAGUUCUAUAACAGGCAAAAUGGGGAUGAGAGAAAUCUGCCUUCAGGACACUCCACCCACCCCGAUGAAACUUGGCCCCUGCAAUCGGAAGAUUUCCAUCCCCUAUAAUUGUCCCUUUAAUGUCGUUUACGUCGCAGCCUCUAAAUUACUCUCCCCGCCAGUCAAUAGAAAAACUGCUGUAUGCUCGGCUAGGACUGUGCCCUACUUAUUCACUGAUUAUGGUGGCUUGGCUGUUGGACAGACCAUGGGACGAAACCGUCCGGACAUCAGUUCAUCCGAACCCGGCCAUAGUGGGUAAAGUCCUUCACGCAGCCAAUUAGAAACCAAAGUUGAUGUGACGAAAAAGGGACAUCAGGUACAUAUCCGACCCUGCAGUCGACGGCUUGCGUGGUUGACAUGCCAUCCGAUUGGACUCAGGGGCGGUCCGCGGUCGACAAACGACGAUGGAAGUCAAUCGUUUGAAAUGCAGUUGACCUGCAGUAUCUAGCAAUCUAACUAAGUCGCCACGAGCGUUUUCAAGAGUACAGCAGUGCAGUGCAUAGGAUCCUUGCGUACGGUCCCUGGUCACGAUUCUUUCUACUUCUGGGACAAAGAUGACCAGGGCACCAGAUAUCUUGGACACAAACUGCACAAUAUAUCUUGUUUUGGUAGAAGUCGUGUUUUGCGCUUGGAAAGUAUAACGACACUGGUUGCUGAGCACCCCUAAUUGACCACAAAUCCUUAUCCAGACGACUGAACAUACUACAUACCAAUUAUACGCUAUGUUUCGUUGCCCGACGGCGGCUGUCGACACCCUGCCAGCACCAGCGCAGCCCAGUCCGGUCCAAUUGGGUUAGGUUGGGCCACGGUGUGGCAAGGGCGGUUGUGGCCCAAUUGGCCCGACCUCCCAAAAAUGCGCAGGGGAGCUCGCCUUUUAACGUAAUUAGCACAGACAGUCAUAUCAGACAUCCGAAAGACAAUCGAUUACGUACCACAGUAUAGGUAAAGCUAGGACGAAGUUACGACAUGUCAUCAUGUCGGGACGUUUAGACGAUGAGGGCUGCAUUGUAUACUUAGUGUUAUCUAGUUUGGUCUUGAUAUUGUUUAUCUUAGCAGUUAGAUGCAUAAUUUGACACAAGGAAUUGUUUCUGCAUUAAUCCGGAAUGAGAUUGGGUCAGGGCCACACCUAGCCCAACCGUGGCCCAAUGGUAAGAUUGGGCCACAUGCUCACAGGGUAGUUUAGGGGAAUCGACGUAGGUGAUCAUCCUGACUCCCCCAGAAGGCACCGUCUCCUAUGUUAUGGCGGCGCUGGUCAAAAUUGUUUCUGUCGCAUCGUCAUGCCUCAAGUAAAUUCGCCCAAAUUCGGCGAUGAAAUAGAGGACAGAUCACGUGUCUUCAGCAGACUAAAGGAUGAAUAAUUGGACAGCGCAACUUAGCAAUAAUCCAGGAUAACCAAUUAGUAGACAUCAGUGCGGUGAUUGCCUCGUAUUUUCCUUAUCCAUGAAUUCGUAAGGGCACAGAACUGGUUAGAGGUUUUCAAUAGAGAUCUUCACGGUUGCCUUAGUUAGAAUAGUGCCCUUGAAGUUGAGGUACUGUAGUUCCUGACCAAUAUAUUUCUUGUCAAAAUUAUUUCCAAACUCCAAAUAAGGCAGUCGGACCCAGACCUAUAGUUUUCUGCCUCCAGUUUAGAAAAAAAUCUAAAUUGGCCGCGGUCACCGUCGGCGCCAUGCAAUCACAUACGUGGCGAGAUGCACAACUGGGCUCUUCGCCAGCACCUGUAGGAUAUGGUGAAAUAACUUACAUUGAAACGGCCUGUAGAUUUUACCUAGCAGUCCGUCUUUAAACGGAUAUCUUUUUUGUUUCGAAGGUGCUGUAUUAUAAUUUAUAAGUUGACGACGGCGACGCAUGCCUACAAUGAUAGGCGGUAACUACCCAAACGCCUGCGGUAGGGCUCUAAGUGCGGUUAUCUGACUGGCUGUCUACACCAUGCAAUGCCUUCUAGAAACAACUUACAUGCCUUCCUUGCAGGAAAUCUACAAUCCUUAUCGAUGGAACUCCCUCUCUUUCUACGAUGAACUGGCAAAAAUACAGAAUAGGGAGGUCGAACGUUUGGAAAAAUUACGCAAAGAGCAGAGGAAGAACGAUGCUUCCGGGCUCCCAGCGACCACAACUGCCUCCGUUGUCCCGAAUCAGUCUCUAACGCGUGCUGCCAGCGGCCCCAAUCUGUCUGGAUCUUUGCCGUUAAUAAAUUCGACGGAUAGCAUGAACAGCCUCGUCGAUGGUUCCGUCGCCAGCGGAUUUGCCGGUAAGACACGGUUCCUACUUUCCACUUUCAUCGUCUCUAAUGUGAAUAGGGCUAUCGUUUGAUUUGUGAGCAGCCAUUGGGAGUCUUACUGUUCUUUUCCCCUUAGCUGGACGGUCCACUUUUCCCGUCCGGAACAAGUUUACAUGACCUCCACUUCAUGAGCAUGUUUAAGGGUGUCUCAUACUUGAAAAAAAAUCAUUAAGACAUUUAGCAGAAGGAUGUUGCUCGUUGUUUCUGUUUAACUGAAAGUAAAUAAGUAUGGUUAUGAAAUGACGCCUCUUAUCCUCACGCGUUUCUCCUGUUUGGUUCCUAGAAAACAAUGGCAGGUAUCUGCACUAUCCUCGAAAAGACCGUCGGUGGCGGACACUUGUACAGUCGGGAAAUUUUUUUUAAGUGGUCACAGUCGUGUGGGCGCAUUUUCUUGCUCAGGUGGUAGAGGUUCCAACUCAGUCAUCUUCUGGCCCCGAAUUCUGGAUGUCUAACUGCUGCAAAUAAGCCAGAAACGACUAUUCCAGCCUCUCUUAUCUCUAUUUUUAACACAUCUACAAUCGUUUCUGUCUGUCCUCUUCCCAUAGGACCAGGAUUGUAAUGCUGCCAAACUGAUGCUAUAUUAGACGUUUAAUUACUCUACCUCGCCUCGGCCACUAGAUAUUAUUAGCGACAGGCGGCUACUGAAGAGGCGUUGCGAAGUUCGCUAGCGGCAGAAAGUGUCGCCCUCACUCGAAUUCGCGCCUUCCGCAAACUUGUGUGGUGACCACAUCAUUCUAUCACGGGUCUUGUUCAUGUCUUAAACUAACCUUCCGCAUAUUCUUAUUUACAAAAGACAAAUGUUGUAAGCUGCCUUUCAACAGAGGGCCUGCGUUCAUAACAACAGGGAACUAUGCAAUUUUUUGUUUCAUCUCCGUCCCAGAACCCAGGAAACGCAGCAAGUGGGACACAGCACCACCAGUGGAGGCCCAACCUGUACACAUUACAGAAACCACAACAACCCUUCCCCGCGCUGCGUCAGAUGCUUCAAAGAUAUCUAUUCCUGCGGUCGGCAGCCUCGUUCGAAAGAAAUGA